CCCUCUCCCGUGAGUCUGCGCGGGAAGUGGAAGCCGGCGCUGAGGCGAGGCUGCCCGCCGGGAGCGACCCUCCCUCUCCCGUGAGUCUGCGCGGGAAGUGGAAGCCGGCGCUGAGGCGAGGCUGCCCGCGGGGAGCGGGGGAGCUGUCGGCCGUGCUCGCAUCUCCGCGCUGCUGGAUUCGUGGCCGGCCGGCCGGCACCCACUCCGCUGCAGCCAUGCCCAUGAAGGGCCGCUUCCCGAUCCGCCGCACCCUGCAGUACCUCAGUCAGGGGGACGUGGUGUUCAAGGACUCGGUGAAGGUUAUGACGGUGAACUACAACACGCACGGGGAGCUGGGCGAAGGCGCCAGGAAAUUCGUGUUUUUCAACGUACCUCAGAUCCAGUACAAGAACCCCUGGGUGCAGGUGAUGCUGUUUAAGAACAUGACACCGACCCCUUUCCUGCGGUUCUAUCUGGAUUCCGGGGAGCAAGUGCUGGUGGACGUGGAGACCAAGAGCAACAAGGAGAUCAUGGAGCACGUCAAGAAGAUCCUGGGGAAGAACGAGGAGACCCUCCGGAGGGAGCAGCAGGAGCGCGAGCAGCUCUCCCACCCGGCGCACUUCGGACCCCGGAAGUACUGCCUGCGGGAGUGCAUCUGCGAGGUGGAGGGCCAGGUGCCCUGCCCGGCCGUGGCGCCGCUGCCCCGGGAGCUGACCGGCAAGUUCCAGGCCGCCCUGAGAGCCGGCGCCCAGGACUGAGGCCCCGAGAGCCCCGCUUCUGUGCCCCGAGACUGACCACCGCUUUGCAAUGAAGAGCCCGCUUUACACACGUGUGGGAAGCACACUGCGCGGGGUCGGGCUGCAGCCGAGCUGCUCAGUGGACACCCUGCGCCGUCACGGCCGCGAGACCGCGUCACCGAGCAGCGCGGCGGGACCCCGGCCGCUGGGCCUUCGGCGGGGCCUCCUCAGACCCGUUUCACUGACGCCCCCGAGCUCCAGGCCGCGGCUGUGCGAGACCCGCAGGCCCCCGCGGAGCAGAGCCUCCUGCGCGCUCGGCGCUCUGGGAGGGGAGCGACGCCACCGGCUCUGUCCGAGUCCUCGCCUCACUGGACGCCGAGGCCGCCUGUGCUCUGGUCCUGUUGGUUUCAGGCCUCAGGAGACAGGGCCUGGGCUGACCCCGAGCGCGCCGCGAGAUGUUGUGUAUAAACGUUGCAAAUUUAUCUCAGGAUAAUAGAAGUUUGGCGCGCUUCA